AAUCAGAAGAUGCCAUGGAAGGAGGCGGUUGGUUCUGAUUCGAAGAGACCGGAGGGGGGGACGAAGCUUAUUUGACAGGCGUUCCCAGCUACCCGAGUAGCUGUAACUGGCAACCAAACUGAAGACAUGUGUGGAAUCUUUGCCUAUCUCAACUACCAUGUGCCAAGGACUCGUCGUGAGAUCCUUGAGAUCCUCCUCAAAGGCCUGCGACGUCUGGAGUACAGAGGCUAUGACUCAGCCGGUGUGGGAAUUGAUGGGGGUAACGGCAAGGAGUGGGAGUCGAACGCCAAAUCUAUUCAACUGAUCAAGCAGCGCGGAAAAGUGAAAGCUCUUGAUGAGGAGAUCCACAAGCAGCAGGAUAUUGACCUGGAUGUGGAGUUUGACGUUCACCUCGGCAUUGCUCACACCCGCUGGGCUACCCACGGUGUACCAAGCCCAGUCAACAGCCAUCCACAUAGAUCUGACAAGAGCAACGAGUUCAUUGUCAUUCACAAUGGAAUUAUCACCAACUACAAAGACCUGAGGAAAUUCCUGGAGAGCAAAGGCUAUGAGUUUGAGUCAGAGACUGAUACAGAGACCAUUGCCAAGCUGGUGAAGUACAUGUACGACAACCGGGAGAGUGAUGACAUCAGUUUUACUACGCUGGUGGAACAGGUGAUCCAGCAGCUGGAAGGAGCUUUUGCCCUGGUCUUUAAGAGUGUCCACUACCCCGGAGAGGCAGUUGGCACAAGGAGAGGAAGUCCUCUGCUGAUUGGAGUGAGGAGUGAUCAUAAGCUGUCCACAGAUCACAUUCCUGUGCUCUACCGCUCCUCUGGUAAAGACAAGAAGAGCUGCAGUGCCCUGCCCAGGACAGGCCAGGACACCUGCCUGUUCCCUGUGGAUGAGAAAGCUGUAGAGUACUACUUUGCCUCAGAUGCAAGUGCAGUGAUUGAGCACACAAACCGGGUGAUCUUCCUGGAAGACGACGAUGUGGCUGCUGUGAUGGACGGCCGUUUGUCCAUCCACAGAAUAAAGCGCAGGGCCGGUGACUACCCAGCCCGCGCCAUCCAGACCUUGCAGAUGGAACUACAGCAGAUCAUGAAGGGCAACUACAGCUCCUUCAUGCAGAAGGAGAUCUUUGAGCAGCCAGAGUCUGUGGUUAACACCAUGAGAGGGAGAGUCAACUUCGACAACAACACAGUGACACUGGGUGGACUGAAGGACCACAUCAAAGAGAUCCAGAGGUGUCGCCGACUCAUUCUAAUUGCCUGUGGCACCAGCUACCAUGCUGGAGUAGCAACCCGCCAGGUCCUGGAGGAGCUGACCGAGUUGCCUGUCAUGGUGGAGCUGGCCAGCGACUUCCUGGACAGGAACACACCCGUCUUCCGAGACGACGUCUGCUUCUUUAUCAGCCAGUCAGGGGAGACUGCUGACAGCCUCAUGGCCCUGCGCUACUGUAAGGAGAGAGGGGCUCUGACUGUGGGGGUCACCAACACAGUGGGCAGCUCCAUCUCCAGGGAGACUGACUGUGGAGUCCACAUCAACGCUGGGCCUGAGAUUGGAGUAGCCAGUACCAAGGCCUACACCAGUCAGUUUGUGGCCCUGAUCAUGUUUGCGCUCUUGAUGUGCGAUGACAGGAUUUCCAUGCAGCCCAGACGCCGUGAGAUAAUCCAGGGCCUGAGAGUGCUUCCAGAUCUGAUUAAGGAGGUCCUCAGUUUGGAUGAUGAGAUCCAGAAGUUGGCGACAGAGCUGUACCAGCAGAAGAGCGUGCUGAUCAUGGGCAGAGGCUACCAUUACGCUACCUGCCUGGAAGGAGCACUGAAAAUCAAGGAGAUUACAUACAUGCACUCGGAAGGCAUCCUGGCCGGAGAGCUGAAACACGGUCCCCUGGCCCUGGUGGACAAACUCAUGCCAGUCAUUAUGAUCAUCAUGAGAGACCACACCUACACCAAAUGUCAGAACGCCUUGCAGCAAGUCGUUGCCCGCCAGGGCCGUCCUAUUGUGAUCUGUGACAAAGACGAUUACGAAACCAUCAAGAAUUCCAGCCGCACCAUCAAAGUGCCUCACUGUGUGGACUGCCUGCAGGGCAUUCUGAGCGUCAUCCCUCUGCAGCUGCUGUCCUUCCACCUGGCUGUCCUCCGAGGUUACGACGUGGACUGUCCAAGAAACCUGGCCAAGUCUGUGACAGUAGAGUGAACCGCACCAUUCAUCACCUAACAACAAAAGCCUGGCAGACGCAUAUUCAAACACAGACGGCGAGGGAGCGUCUGAACAGAAACCAAGAGAAGACGAUGUCGCAUUUUUGUGUCUCGUGUCACGGUUUUUUUUAAAUGCAAUCUUUCUCUCAACAGUCGUGUAUCUCACUGUUGCAUAUUAUCUGUAUCUCACUGUCUAUUUUCUCAGAAACCUUAAUCAUUAUUGUUACAUCAUUGUUAGAGAAGCUGUCUUUGGUCCGUGGUGGCAGGGUCUGGGCUGGCGCUGGUGUAUCUUCAUCACUCUUUUUGGAUUUGUGAACCUGUAGCAACUGACCCAUUCAUGCUGAAAACAUGUGAGCGAGCCCCUCAUGUUUAUUUGCCCUGAUUGGUCUCUCUGGGAGCUGAUGUUGAAGUUGCUGACUGACAGAAGUUAGGUUUUAAAGACCUUUUUACUGGCUUUUUUUUUUCUUUAGUGCAAUAAUUUGUAGUUCAGUUGGAAUAUUUUUCUUUGGCAGCUAAUCAUUUGAAGUGUCUUUACUCCACAGUUGAAGUAAAUGACAGUCUUAAAUCAUUCCAAGCCACUGGUCAUCGCUUCUUCAUAAUUACAGCGGAGUUUGCCAGUUUUGACUCAUUUUCUUUCUUGGACUUUGUUCUGAGGAAGCACAGCUUACUGCAGGACCAGCAUCACACUGUAAGUCAGAUCACAGAAAAGCUUAUGAAUACACUACUGUGUAAAAAAUAUUCUUGGGUAGAUUACAAAAGCUUGUUCUUUGUAUAAACCUUGUGUUUCAGAUUUCAAACUCUGGUUUUGGUCCACUCUGUUAGUGAGCAAAAGCUUUGUGUAGCAAGUUACCUACACCAGAGUGAGGUUUUAUUUUGUUACCAUGCACUGUUUCUGCUUUCACUAUUUUCUGCACAUGAUACUCUCACUGUAAAGCUCUGUGCCCAAUUUAGUGUUUCAUUUUUGUACCUCUGUUGCUUAACUGCUCGAAAGAGAGACCUUAUUGUUGAUUUCUGGUCUCCAGUUUGCACUUAAUUCCAAAACUGAACUCGUUCCAGUGAGAUGAAGUUACUAACCUGAAGUUCACCCACUUGCCAGCCCAUGCCCUGCCACCAUGACUGCUGCAACAUGGGACCAUUUGUAGCUAUGAUUCUUUUGUCAUUUGUUUGGUUUUCUUAAAAAAGGAUUUUAUAUUACUGAAGUUACUCUUUGAUUUGAAAUGUGAAUGUUACUGUCAUUUGAGAUGUCCUGUCAAACCAAAAACCUGUACAAUGGCUUUGGCAGUUGUAAACCAAAACAUAUAUAUUUUAUAUGUUCAUCUUAUGUUGUUUUUGUAGCCAAACAUGUACUAAUGCUGGCAGAUUGUGUGGUGUGAAGACACUUAGAGGCCUAAAGGGGGCAUAUACACAGUUACAUGGCAGUAGUGUAGAUGUUUACUUAGUAGAAAGUGAGAUGCCAGCUCUGUGUGUGAUCCCAAAUGUCUUUUGUUUCAGAAGCCAAGGAGAGAGUGAUGUACACACACAGUUGUGUAGUCAAGAAAUAGGAGCUGCUUUUUUGUUUUUUUUAAUCCAUCACAUAUUUUAGGUUUAAAGGUAUUUAUCUUGCUUUUGCAAUCAAGCCUUAACUUGGAUUUUUUUUUUUUUUUUGCAUUUCGUUUCUCCAACAUUGAGCUUUUCCUGAGCCAGUUGAUGGGGUUUGAAAACUGGACAAUGUUGUUACAGGUACUUUUGUAACUCACAUACAUAAGCAGAAUUUGAUUUCUCGACUUGAAGCAUUGAUUAAAGAAGGAUGCUGCACCGAAUCCUUGCAACAUCUGUUAGAAGCUGAUGGGUUACUGAGGGAGUGGGGCACUAUUUAUUAGUGGAACUGAUGCAAUAAAGUGUCAAGUAUU